AUGACGCAACAAUGGUCUAGACGGCCGUUUUCCCCAACUGAGAACCGCUAUGAUUCUCGUAUCCGAUACCUGGAGGAGGUUGUUCAUCUCCUAUUAGCUGGAACAAACUCGACUUGCUUUUCUCUCUCUACACCUACUCUCGCCGGCUCAUUCCGGUAUUCGAUCAAACGAGGCCUUGAGCCAGUUCUACCCGACAAGACAGCAAUGUCUCUAGUGGCGGAUUGGCGGAUUGGACGACCAAUAAGACAGAAACGUUUUAGUUCCCCGCCUUGUCGUCAAAAUCGACUGCUGGCCACCUGCAAUACAUCCUUACACCCAGCCAGGGUACCGUCGCCCACACCCUCUACUUCCUUAACGAACCCCGCUUCACCAGCAACAAUUGGUGUUGCCGAUAGUACUAACACCGCCAAGAGCUCAUCCACCUCCAAUACCAAACACCAAGCCGCUGUCAACCCAAUGGAGGUCUCAGCAUCACCGACUGACUCGAUUACGACUCUUGGAUUUGCUGCCAAUACAGCCCAAAAUUAUACACCCCAACUUGCCGACCCUCAUUCCCCUCCUCCUGUUAAUCACUGCUCGUCUCCUGACUCGCCCGUCUCUCACAAACGCGGCCUUGCAGGCGCGUUCUCUUUCGAGCUCCCACCUCCCGCACUCGCUAUCUCACUAGAGCGACCGACUUCCUUAGAAGCCCAUGCCUCGCAUGCUAUCACCCUAACUCAGCGGUCUAAUAGUGCAAAUGUCGUUGAACCUAACAAUUUUUCAUCCCUCGACAAUACUGCCGCUACUGCUACUGCGGUCAUUGAUUUAAUCAACAACAACGCCAUUCAGAACAAAGGACCAUCCCCUUUUCCACCUCCCUCAUCCUCAUCAUCAGCUCAUCCCUCUACUACGGCGAUCAUUAUUGAAUCACACGAUCAGUCGUCGACUCUAUUGGUCGUCAAUGGGCCUGCUCCCAUUACUAGUACAGCGACUACUUCUGCUCCAUCAAGAUCCUAUGACCAUCAACUCACUUUCAUUUCAGCUACCGAUGCCGUGAUUGCUCCAACUUCUCUUUCCUGUUUGAAUUUAAUCAACAACAAAGACAAUCAGGACAACCUCUUACCGACUACAAAUCUAGCCCAAUCCUUCACUGAUACAAUUGAUGACAACAUCACCUCAUUUCCUGUCACAUUGCCUAUUGAUCCCACUCUUCCUUUACCUUCUGUAAUCAACAACUUAGACCUAGUCUGUCAUCAGACCCAGCCAAUAAAACCACCUGCUCAACCUGACAACUUUGAGGUAGCUGCGGUUGGAGGCAUUGAAAUUUUAGAUAAUGAAAACAGCAAUGCUAUAGAUGCCCGACUAGCCCCAGAAUAUUCACAAGCAACUCUAGAUUACUACAAUGACAUCCAAGAGUACCUCCAGCAGGCCAAUACAGAGGGGACUGAAAUGAAGAAGAAAAAGAAAAAGAAGAAAAAGAAAAAAGCCAACCUGACUUCAACACCCGACAAUCCAAUUUUAUUUUAUGUUUGA